UGGUUCUCGUUCUCAACCUUCCAUUCCCUCUUCUCUUCUCUGGUGAAUUGCAACAAUGACGAACUCGAUGGGUCCUCCUCCUCCCAAAAACCCUAAUCCCCCUCCAGAAACCCCAAAUCCCCAACCUCCCGAUCCCCCUGCACCCCAAUCCACCACCACCACCGAUUCCCCUGAAAUCCAACCGCCACCGCCGUCCGAUUCGACCAGCACCGACAACGGGAACUCUUCUCGGACGCCAAACCCGUCCUCUCAAAGCGUAACGGUUCCCUACAAGAUUCCUCAAUGGAGCGCCGCUCCCGGCCAUGAGUUCCACCUCGAGGUUCUCAAGGACGGUUCCAUCAUCGAAAGGCUCAAUGUGUUCGAGAAAGGUGCGUACAUGUUUGGGCGGUUGGAUCUCUGUGACUUUGUGCUGGAGCACCCCACUAUUUCCAGGUUUCAUGCUGUUAUACAGUUUAAGAGAACUGGAGAUGCGUAUCUCUAUGAUCUUGGGAGUACUCAUGGCACCUUUUUGAACAAAAAUCAGGUGGAGAAAAACACAUACGUUGACUUGCAUGUUGGUGAUGUAAUUCGAUUUGGCCGAUCUUCUCGGUUGUUCAUUUUUCAAGGACCGUCAGAGUUUAUGCCUCCGGAAACUAAUGUAAAACUAAUCAGAGAAGUGAAGAUGCGUGAAGCACUGCGAGACAGGGAAGCUUCACUCAGACGAGCAAGGCAGGAAGCAUCUCUUGCUGAGGGUGUAUCAUGGGGCAUGGGUGAGGAUGCUAUUGAAGAAGUUGAGGAUGAUGUUGAUGAAAUAACGUGGCAGACAUAUAAAGGACAGCUUACAGAAAAACAAGAAAAGACCCGUGAGAAAAUAAUAAAAAGAAUGGAAAAGAUUGCUAACAUGAAGAAGGAAAUAAAUGCUAUACAAGUUAAAGAUAUUUCUCAGGGGGGAUUAACUCAAGGUCAACAGACUCAGAUUGCAAGGAAUGAGCAAAGAAUAGCACAGGUAUUUGAAGAACUUGAAAACUUGGAAGAGACGUUGAAUGAUAGUAUUCGAGAAAGUUUAGGUGCGCGUACAGGAAAAAUAUCUUCUGGGAAGAAGAAAGGUGCUGGGGAAGACGAAGAAGAAGAAUUUAGUGAUGAUGAUGAUGAAUUUUAUGACCGGACAAAGAAAAAGCCUUCUCAUCAGAAGCCUGGUGACAGCCAAUCAAUUGAGACCGCAGAUACUCUUCUUGAUAAGAGAGAUGCUAUGAUGAAGGAAAUUAAUGACAAGAAAGAGUUGCUUAUGAUUGAAAAGAACAAAUUGCCGUCAGAGGGUUCAACACAAGAUGAAGUUGGUGAUUCGCUUGAUGCUUACAUGACUAGUGUUUCAUCUCAACUAGUGAAUGAUAAAAGUGCACAGCUUGAAAAGGAAUUAUCAGCUCUUCAGUCUGAGCUGGAUAGGAUAUCCUACCUGUUGAAGAUUGCUGACCCAACCGGAGAAGCUGCCAAGAAAAGGGAGUUGAAACUACAAGAACCCAAACCAAAAAACACUGAAGGAGUUGCCUCUACUAUCAAGAAACCACUGGCAGAAACCCCGCAGAGCAGUGAGCCUUGUGUAAAGUCAGAUGACAAGAAACCACCUAAAGAAGCCCAGAAAGUCGGCGAGUCUUGUGCGAAGUCAAAUGACCACAAACCACUUGUAGAAGCCCAGAAAGAUAGUGAGUCAUGUGUAAAGGCAGGUGACUCUAUGCAAGAAGAGAAACCUGCAGCUAUAAUUGUGGGUUCAGACAAGCCUCAACCUGGCUUUGACAGGUUGGAGGCUGAGAAUGCUGUUUUUGCUCUCCCAAAGCCCCAAUGGCUUGGAGCUGUGGAGGACAAGGUUACAGAUGAUGCCCAAACACUGGUGGCCCCUCCACAUCUGCAUGAGACGGACGAGUCCAAUCAGUUUGUUGACUAUAAGGACAGGAACAAAAUUCUGGGCAGUAGCAAUGAUGGAGGGACUUCAGUGCAAUCUAAAAUUGAGUCCGCUGCUCCCGGUCUAAUAAUAAGGAAACGAAAACAAGUUGAGUCAGCCGGAACAAAUAGUAAUGAUGCCUCUCAGCAAUCCAACUUAGGUGAACAAUUGGCUGAGGAUGCUGUGGCACUAUUAUUAAAGCAUCAAAAGGGACUGUACGCUGAAGACGACGAGGAGAAAGAUGAAGGCCAACAGAAGAGAAGGUCUAAGAAAGUGCUUGGACCUGCGAAACCAUCCUUUUUAAGUGACGAGAUGGAUUAUGACAACACAUGGGUUCCUCCUAAAGGACAAUCAGGAGAUGGACGGACUUCUUUGAAUGAUAAAUUUGGCUACUGAAAUAAGGAGAUGUACAGAAUUGUACAUUGGAAGAAAAGACUGGCUGCAUGCAUAUUCACCUAAAAUAUAUCGUUGAGGGAACCUGCUCAGCAUUAAUGAACUGAAGUUGAGGUUGUUUGACUUGCAGUGAGCUCCAUCCGAUUUUAGGUGCAGGUGAAAGAAUGGUCCAGUUUGUUGGUGAAAGGACUACUGAAAGUCUUUAAUAGUUUAGUAAUAGAGAUGUUGCAGGUUGAGAUGUGUUCGAUAUCUGAUUACCUGCUGUGUACAGCCACAUGAUCUGAGUACAGAGCGAUUUCUGUAUCUGUUCUAGCAAAGCAGAUUAUUUCAGUAACAGACAGACAUGCUAUGGAAAGUGAGGACUAUCUUCCUGCCAUCAUAAAAUUAUUUCUUCAAAAUGUCAUUUUUUUAAGAUAAGGGCUUUGUUAUCAGUUAUGAAAAAGUGCAAUUAUACGAAAUAACUAGUUGGUGGUUGACCCUUUAAAUUUUCAAAUGACAAGUUCAGUUAGAUUUUCCCUA